UCACAUUGGUGGCAUAGUUUGUUCAUAUGGUUGUCACCAUUUUCUUAGAAUACACAGGUCAACUGAAGAGAGCAUAACAAUAUUAGAUCAAGGUUUUCCUUUCCUCCUACUCCUUUGAAAUAUGAAAUCAACAUCACUGUACUCCAAUUCCAAUGAACAAUGGAUAUACGACGUGUUCAUCAAUUUUAGAGGUGAAGACACUCGUAAGAAUUUCGUUUCUCAUCUACAUGCUGCACUCGCUAACUUGGGAGUCAACACUUUUCUUGACAGUGACAAUUUACUUAAGGAAAAAGAGCUUAGAGAUAAACUAGUAGGAGCAAUAGAAUCUUCUCAUAUUUCUAUUGUUGUUUUUUCUGAAAACUAUACUGAAUCCAGUUGGUGUCUUUAUGAGCUUGAAAAGAUCUUGGAAUGUCGCACUACUUAUGGUCAUGUUGUUUUUCCUGUCUUUUACAACAUCGAUCCGUCCGUUGUUCGUCAUCAAACCGGUGAAUUCGGAAAAGCCUUGGAAUUGCGUGCUAAGAAAAUGUACCAUGGGAAUGGGGUUGUUGAUGCUUUGUCUGAUUGGAAGAGUUUGCUCAACCAAGCUGCAAAUUUGUCUGGUUGGGAUGCCAACAAUUUCAGGAAUGAAGCUGAACUAGUAAAGAGCAUUGUUAAGGAAGUUUUGGCUAAACUAGACAGCUCGCACUUAUCUAUUACCGAAUAUCCAGUUGGUUUAGAACCCCGUAUCCAAGAAGUUAUUGAGUUUAUUGAUGAUCAAUCAAACAUAGCUUGCAUGGCAGGGAUUUGGGGAAUGGGAGGAUCGGGUAAAACAACCACAGCAAAAGCCAUCUAUAAUCAAAUCCAUCGCAAAUUUGAAGAUAGAAGCUUCAUUGAAAAUAUUAGAGAAGUCUGCGAAAAAGACAAUGACGGGAUUAUCCGUUUACAAGAACAACUACUUUCAGAUGUCUUAAAGGUAAAGGUCAAGAAGAUACAUAGUAUAACAUCAGGGACUACUAUGAUAGAGAAAAGACUUGUGAGGAAAAAGGUUCUCGUUGUACUAGAUGACGUGAGUACAUUUGAGCAAAUAAAAGCCCUGUGUGGAAAUCGUAAAUGGUUUGCUUCCGGAAGUGUAUUAAUCGUCACAACCAGAGAUGUACACCUACUUAAAUUACUUAAAGUCGCACAUGUUUGUACAAUGAAGGAAAUGGAUGAAGAUGAUUCCCUUGAGCUUUUCUGUUGGCAUGCUUUUAGAGAACCAAUUCCGAGAAAAUACUUUGGUAAACUCUCUAGAAAUGUUGUUGCUUACUGUGGAGGAUUGCCACUUGCUCUUGAGGUCCUUGGAUCUUACUUAUAUGAAAGGACAAUAAGAGAAUGGGAAAGUGUAUUGUCAAAACUAGAGAGGAUUCCUAAUGACCAAGUGCAAGAGAAGCUAAAAAUAAGCUACGAUGGUUUAGAAGAUGAUAUGGAAAAGGAUAUAUUUCUUGACAUAUGUUGUUUCUUUAUCGGCAAGGACAGAGCCUAUGUUGCCAAGAUACUAAAUGGCUGUGGACUUUAUGCAGACAUUGGAAUAACCGUCCUCGUUGAGCGGAGCCUUGUAAAAGUUGAAAAGAAUAACAAGCUUGGAAUGCAUGAUUUGCUUAGAGACAUGGGAAGAGAAAUUGUUCGGCAAAGUUCAGCAAAAAAUUCAGGAAAUCGUAGUCGAUUGUGGUUUCAUGAGGAUGUACAUGAUGUUUUGACAAAAAAUAUGGGAACAGAAACGGUGGAGGGAUUGGUUUUUAAGUCGCAAAGAACCGACAGAGUUUGCUUCAAUACUAAUUCAUUCAAGGAAAUGAAGAAACUGAGACUCUUACAACUUGAUUCUGUUGAUCUCAUUGGAGAUUAUGGCUGCCUUUCCAAUCAACUGAGAUGGGUCAAAUGGCAAGGAUUUACUUCUUUCAACUAUAUACCCGACGACUUUUAUCAGCGAAAUCUUGUUGCUAUAGACUUAAAGCACAGCAAUAUUACACAAGUUUGGAAUGAAAUGAUGUUGCUGGAGAAGCUUGAAAUUCUUAAUCUCAGCCAUUGUAAAUACUUGAGAAACAGCCCCGACUUUUCAAAAUUACCGAAUCUAGAAAAGCUCAUCAUGAAAGAUUGUCCAAACUUGUCUGACAUACACCCGUCCGUUGGCGAUCUCAAUAGACUUGUUCUGAUAAAUUUGAAGGACUGUACAAGUCUUAACAAUCUCCCAAAGAAGAUAUAUCAGUUGAAAUCAUUGAAAACUCUUAUCCUUUCUGGCUGUUCAAUGAUUGACAACUUGGAAGAAGAAGUAGUGCAAAUGGAAUCUUUGACAACGCUGAUCGCGAAAGAUACAGGUGUAAAAGAGGUUCCCUAUUCAAUAGUAAGAUCGAAAAACAUCGCAUAUAUAUCCCUAUGUGGAUUUGAAGGAUUAGCGCGCGACGUUUUUCCCUCUCUCAUUUGGUCUUGGAUGUCUCCAACAAUGAAUCCAUUACCCCGCAUUUCCCCAUUUGGAAACAUGGCUUUGUCUGUAGCUUCCAUCAAUGUACAGAAUAAUAAUCUCGGGUUCCUAUCACCAAUGGUUAGGAGCCUGUCACAACUCAGAACUGUCUGUAUACAAUGCCGCUCAAAGAUUCAACUAACUCAAGAAUUACAAAGAAUUCUUGAUGAUCAAUAUGAUGUAAACUUACCCAAAUCGGAAACAUCUAACGAAUCACAAAUCUCAAAUCUUUCCUCGAGAUCGCUUUUGAUUAGAAUGGGAAGUUGUCACAUAGGCAUUGAUACUCUUGGCAAGAGCAUAUCACAGUUAACAAAGCCUAUGCUUAUGAUUCAGGGGUUAACAGCCAUUGAUUCGAGUGACUUUUUCCUUCCCGGUGGCAAUUAUCAUUCUUGGUUGGCCUAUAAAGGUAAAGGACCUUCGGCGCUAUUUGAAGUUCCUGAUCAUCAGACGAACGGAAUAAUCUUACGUGUUGUUUAUUCAUCAAUAUCUGAAAACAUGGGAGUUGAAUGUCUUACUAGCUUCUUGAUCAUUAAUUACACAAAAUGCACUGUCAAGAUAUACAAGCGAGACACGGUAAUGUCUUUUAACAGUGAAGAUUGGAAGGGUUUAACAUCAAAUCUAGUGCCUGGAGACGAGGUGGAGAUCUUUCUAGUUUUUGGACAUGGAUUGAUUGUUAAGGAGAUCGCGGUCUAUCUAAUUUAUGAUCAGUCAAUUUCUGUGGAAGUUGAUCUAUCGGAGGAAGUGAAGUUGCAGCCAUGGCCUAAAGUUGACAUGCAGCCAUCACUUAAUGUGAAAGCGGAGGCGUCAACGGAUGCUAAAACAUCAUUCCAAAAGUUCAAAGAAAGUAUAUUUACAAGACUUCCAAAAAUAAUGAGGACUUGUUUAGGCUUGAACGAGCAUGGAGAUUAAGGUUUGAACAAUUUUUGAGGGAGGGACAAUGUUCUAUAUACACAAAAAGUUGGAUUUGUGUGCUCACUAUUUGUUUUAAUGAGGUUAUAAAGUCAAAAUGAAAUAUACAUACACUAGACAUGCUAAGUACUGGAAAUCUUCAGAACACAUAAAUGGAAUGUGAAGCCAUAUUUCAUAGCAAUGCAUGUGAACUUGUGAAGCCUUGACAGUAUUUCAUGAUUUAUCCAUUCACAGGCCAAACCAUAGCUUUAGUCAAAUUGUGCAACAUUUUAGUUCCCAUUCAAGUAAUUGUUGUUUUUGUGAAUAGGAAUUAGUUUGUUAUUAGAAUAAGAGUUUGUUCCUAGAAUAAGGGAAAUAAAUCAGGAAUUGAUUUGUUCUCAUUAAAUGUAAUUAUUUAGUGUAAUUACUUGUAUAGCUUUGUAGCCUCUAUAUAUUCAAGAAAUAACAAUGAGAAAGGCAAGAAGCCAAUUUUAAUGACAUGGUAUCAGUAGGUUUCGAUCAAACCUGUGAGUCUUAGGUUAAUCUUGGCUUUAUUAAGCGACACCCACUGGGUCGCUCUUGAAAUCAUCUCGGCAGAUCUCGGUAAUCUCUUCAAGGCUUACGAUUGUGAUAUCUGGUGCUUACAAUCGUUUCUCGGAUCCGUUCUUGGCAGUGCUUGCAAGUUGCAAUUCCGCUGCUCCUCGUUUGCAAAUCGUGUUCAACUAUUCUCGUAUCGGUAUCGACAACUCUUCUUAUUUGGCUUGGUCGUAUUUUCAUCGUUGUCGGCAAGGUUCUGAAAUUGGUAUUGAAAGAAAGGAAAACAAACAGUGUCGGCAAGGUUUGUGUGGCUACUGUCCAAUUCUAUUUUGGCAACGUCAAUUUUCUGGAUGGCUUAAAAAAAAAAACAUUGUUAUUACGUGAACCUACACGUUUCCAAUUUUUUUCAAGUCA